AUGAAGGCAUCAGAUGCUAGUUCACGAUGCUGCCGGACAUGUGGGCAGAUAGAUUAUAUGGUCAUUAGACCCAAGACAGAUCAACAGAGACCAACAGAUCAACGGAGACCAACAGAUCAACAGGGACCAACAGAUCAACAGGGACCACAGAUCAACAGAGACCAACAAAUCAACAGAGACCACCAGAUCAACAGAGACCAGCAGAUCAACAGAGACCAACAGAUCAACAGAGACCAACAGAUCAACAGAGACCACCAGAUCAACAGAGACCAACAGAUCAACAGAGACCAACAGAUCAACAGAGACCAACAAAUCAACGGAGACCAACAGAUCAACAGGGACCAACAGAUCAACAGGGACCACCAGAUCAACAGAGACCACCAGAUCAACAGAGACCACCAGAUCAACAGAGACCACCAGAUCAACAGAGACAAACAGAUCAACAGAGACCAACAGAUCAACAGAGACCAACAAAUCAACAGAGACCAACAGAUCAACAGAGACCAACAGAUCAACAGGGACCAACAGAUCAACGGAGACCAGCAGAUCAACAGAGACCAACAGAUCAACAGAAACCACCAGAUCAACAGAGACCAACAGAUCAACAGAGACCAACAGAUCAACGGAGACCACCAGAUCAACAGAGACCAGCAGAUCAACAGAGACCAACAGAUCAACAGAGACCACCAGAUCAACAGAGACCAACAGAUCAACAGAGACCAACAAAUCAACAGAGACCACCAGAUCAACAGAGACCAACAGAUCAACAGGGAACAUCAGAUCAACAGAGACCAACAGAUCAACAGAGACCACCAGAUCAACAGAGACCAACAGUUCAACAGAGAUCAACAGAGACCAACAGAUCAACGGAAACCAACAGAUCAACAGAGAUCAACAGAGACCAACAGAUCAACGGAAACCAACAGAUCAACAGGAAACCAAAAGAUCAACAGAGACCAACAGAUCAACAGAGACCAACAGAUCAACAGAGACCAACAGGAAACCAAAAGAUCAACAGAGACCAACAGAUCAACAGGAACCAACAGAGACCAACAGAUCAACAGGAACCAACAGAGACCAACAGAUCAACAGAGAACAACAGAUCAACAGAGACCAACAAAUCAACAGAGACCAACAGAUCAACGGAAACCAACAGAUCAACAGAGACCAACAGAUCAACAGAGACCAACAGAUCAACAGAGACCAACAAAUCAACAGAGACCAACAGAUCAACGGAAACCAACAGAUCAACAGAGACCAACAGAUCAACAGGAACCAACAGAUCAACAGGAACCAACAGAUCAACAGGAACCAACAGAGACCAACAGAUCAACAGAGAACAACAGAUCAACAGAGACCAACAAAUCAACAGAGACCAACAGAUCAACGGAAACCAACAGAUCAACAGAGACCAACAGAUCAACAGAGACCAACAGAAAGAAACGGCUAUUCAGACACAGAUUACCAGCCAUUAUAUAA